AUGGUGGGGGACCUUUGCAGCUGCCCGCUUACUCCAGUAGUCAGCAAGGCCAGCGCUGGGGCUAUGGAGGUGAUGGACGUGUUCGCCACUCCUGACCUGGCCGGUUUUUUGAAGGCCAAGGCCCAGCAGGCCUGGCUCGUGGUGGGCACAGUGGGCUGCCCAGGUCCUGAGAUCUCCCAGUCCUCCAAGGUCCCCGUCACUAGCUGCCUAGAGUUCCUCUGGGACCGGCCUACUCUCCUCGUGCUGGGCAAUGAGGGCUCUGGUCUGUCCCAGGAGGUUCUUGCCUGCUGCCAGAUGCUCCUUACUGUUCUGCCCAGGCGUCACCUGCCUCCCGGUCUUGAGUCCUUGAAUGUGUCUGUGGCCACAGGAAUUCUUCUACACUCCAUUUGCAGCCAGAAGAAGAGUUUCCCUAUACAGACGGAGAAGGGACAACUUCUCCAAGAUACUUGAGAACCCUUAGCCACGCCCGAAGGACUCAGAGAGGCCCAGUACCCAGGACUGCCGCCAUUGUGGUCAGAAAAACAGGCCAAAUGUGGGCUUCCGUAGACUGUCUGAGAUGAACGUGCGUAGGAACCGGAACGAGUCACACACCGAUCCUCAGGCUUGGGUGUGCUGGGCUCUCUGCCUGUGAGAGCCUGUUUACUGGCUACGGUCAGGAGACAUUUGCAGCGGAGACCAAGGAGGGUUUCAUUUCCAGUUGGAAAUGGUGGUUUGCUAAUUUCCAGGAUGUGUUAAGACAGACAGUAUCUGUCCUGGAUCCUGCCCAGGAGUCAAAAGGCUGUUUUAGCAUGAGGAAGAAUCAGACAAUCCAGUGCAGGGUGUGUGGAGUGUGAGAGUGAGGAUGUAGAGGGAAGCACUCCCCUACCCGCCCCGGUGAUGAGGAGGAAAUAAAUGAGAGGUACCAUCCAGUGAGCGCCUUACAGCUGAACUGUCAUCCCCUAUUUGUCCACUAGGUGGCAGUCUUGAUCUUUGCACCAUAGUUUUGCCGAAGCUUGCAGGGAAACCCCCUCUUUGUAGCCCCGUUAGAG